GAUGCCCCGCGCGCCGCCGCCGCCAUGGAGCGGCGCGUGGCGGAGCGGCUCCGCAGCACGCUGGGCCCGCUCGGCCUCGAGGCGCACGCCUUCAAGGUUGGGUGGUACAAUGCUGUUCUUCAGCCAGCCUUCCACCUCCCAUACCCAGAUGACACAUUGGCCUUUGUGGUCCUCAGCACGCCUUCCAUGUUUGACAAAGCCCUUAAGCCUUUUGUGAACAAAGAACGAUUAAAAAUCAUCAGGGAUCCUGUGGAUCAAUGUGUUUCCCAUCAUUUAUCUCGUGUGAAGGAGAAAUUCCCUGACCAGAGGGUGGAUGUCAUGUUUGAUUACGAGAUGCUGCCGAGCCGAAAGCCCAAGUUCCUGGCACAGACAGCUGCCCACGUUGCUGGAGCUGCGUAUUAUUACCAGAGAAAGGAUGUGAAGCUUGAUCCUUGGGGUAAAAAGAAGAUCUUUGGCGUUUGUAUCCAUCCCAAGUAUGGUGGCUGGUUUGCUAUCCGGGGUCUCCUGCUCUUCCCAGACAUUCAGGUGCCCUUCCUUGAACAACCUGCCCCUGUUGACUGUGUGAGCCAGGAGGAGAAAAGGAUUGAGCUGCUGGAGCAGUUCAAUUUCCAUUGGCAGGACGGCCGCUACAGGGACAUCAUUGAAGUGAAGGAAAGGUACUCGGAGGAGCAAAGAGCCUAUUUUGCCACUCCUCCAGCCGAGAGAUUCCGGCUGCUGGGGCUCUCACAGGAAGCGCAGAGAAUCACAUUUCACUGAGAGCGGCUGCUGGAGGGCAGAGGGCAGCAAAGGGUAACUCAUGAGCACCGGCUGUUCCCGGGGAGGGGGAGGAGGAGGAGGAGAAGAGGAUGGUUAUGCUGAUACAGAGAUGGCAAAUCCGAGCAGCCUCAAUGCAAACAUCAGCUUCCCAAAGAGGGGAACUGCUCCUCGGUCUGGGGGAGGUGGGAGCUCUCUGUUCUGUGCUGCUGCUGAUCUGGGGUGUCCUUUGGAGAGUCCAGGAAGGUGCCAAUUAGCCUUUGGUUGGGAGAGUUUAGACAUCUGGCAACUUUAAAAUCCAUGCUGCUCAUUAGAGAAAUCACUUUUGUUCUCAAGAAUUUUCUUUCCGAAUAUUCUGGUUUUAUUCUUUGUAAGCGUAAAAAGCAAAUUAGUCAUUGCUAGUUUGAUUUUGUCUAAACUUGGGACAGAUACUUUUUUUUUAGCCAGCACUUUAUUAUCCUGUGUCACGAUUCUCCUUAGGGAACAGAUGUCCAGUCCUUAGAGUUUUGCCUAAGUCACAUUUAAGCAUUUAUCCGUUUAUAGAGCAACUAACUGGAAUGUCCAUAUGAGUGGAGAUUUUACUCACGUUAAGAUAACUGACUGAAAAAGACAAUUCUUGUGGCCUUUUCUAAGGUAUUUGUGUUAGAAGUAUUUUUCAGUGCCAGCACACAGCACAGCCCCCAGUUCCUGCCACAGUUUCCUGGUGAGCUUUCUGUGUGGGGAAGAUUGUAAACCUGCAUACACGUGAAAGCCAUGGCACAAAGUGCACAGGCAAACAAGCACAGAAGAAAAGAAAAUAUUAAUGACAUUCACGUUACUUAUAUGGCUGGAUAAAGCAUGUUCAGACAGAAACAUAACAUUUUUUGCAUAACUUUGUCCUGUUAUAUUUGUUCAGAGGCUACAGUGCACCUGGAAACCAGGAAUUAAUUUAUCUUUGAGCAAUUUGAGGCUCAGAACUCGUUAAAAUAAUACAUUAAAAUAAUAUUUUGUGGGAGUUUGUUUUACUAGACUGCAGUGCAAUGCUGCAAAUGGACAGGCACUUUUUUCCUUUUGGUGGUAUCAACACGAUGAAGAAAUAUUCACUUUGCAGAACUGAGCCUUUUCUUUUUUUGUUGGGAUUCUUCAAAUCUUUUGGAGACUCCACCACGAAGGUUGCCCUCACCACUGUUCACUGCUUGAUACAGUUGCUCCUAGUCUGUACAUUAACUCAUUGUAAUCCAAAUUCAGGAUAGCAAGUUUGCUUCCCAGGUGUGAUCACUGGAUUUGUUCACUGCAUUUGCUGUUAUGAAAUGUCUUAGUUGCUUUCCAUGCUUUGUUUGUCUCUGAUUAAGGCAGACACCUGACUUAGAAUGUGAUAGAGGUACUGUGAUGUUUAAUUUAAGGUGAAGAACGAAAUUUGUUUAAAAUCUGUUCUUUUGUUACAGAAUUAUUUCUGGUUCAAAUUUGUUUUCUGUUUCAGAACUUUUCCACUGAACUGUGAUUUAACAGGGAUUUGAGCUAAUGGCUCAUACUAGUAACAAAGACAAAAUGUUGAUUGUCUUAGAAGGAUAAAUACAGAUUUGAAUCAAAUCUAUCUUUUUACAUUACAAUUUAAAGUAAAAUAUUUUGAUUUUUUGGUAUUGAUUUCUUACAAUGUAAUAUGUUGCCUUAAUUUAUUAAACAGAUUACUGUGGCCAUUGCAUUUCAAUUUCUGUAAUAUAUUUAUCUUCAAAUGGUAUGUUGGUUACCAAAUAUACAAAGUUGUAAGUAAACCUCAGUACUGAGUAUUUUUAUUUAACAAUGCAAUUGUUAACUUGUGGAGAACUCAAGAUGUUCAAGCAAGAAUGAAUCAUGGUGGUUUUAAUAUCCUGAAAAGAGUGCACUACCUAAGACACACACAGUCCAGCAUCUGAAAACUAAGGAAAAAAUUUAUCUUAGCAGAAGUUGGUAAACUAUUAACACAGGCCCACGGGGAUAUAAAAAAAUAAAACCUACAGCACAUUAUGAGUAAAUCUAAUAAAGGUUUAUCUUGCCCAGGUCAUUUCAGCAAGAGCAUUAACAGCAAGCACCAUGACAGUGCACUUUUCAUUUCUUCCUCUGUUGUUAACAGUAACAAAAGUUCCAGAUGUCCAGUGAAACAUAACUGAGGGACUUUCCCUCAGUAGCAUUGAAGUAAGACCUGGAAGUACUGCAAUUUUUACUGGUCAAAACCUUUUAGUGAACACUGAGUCACAAAUCCAUGUUCCUCGUGCUUCUGGGAAUACAGUUGUGUCAGGCACAACAGAGCACAAAUAUUUAGCAAUAUCCAUUCCUACUACAGUGAUUUUGGAGUGACUGAUUAGGCAUUACUUUCUUUCUCUUAGCCAGCUCACUGAGUUCCACAGCUGCAGUGAGUAGUUUUCUCCCCUUGCUGGUUGGAGUAUAAUGGCCUUUGUCUUAUAAAAUUGAAGUUUGAGAACCUGUUUGACUUAUCUCCUGGGACAAGACCAGACAUGGUGAGGAAUGGAUCAUCCCUGGACCCUGAGGCAUUGUGAAGGCAUUCUUAGUUUCAGCCCUUGCAAAUGUCAAACAAGUAAUUGCAAAUACUUGGAUAGAUUUACGAGUUCAAGUAUCGCAUUUUACAUUUUUAGACAAGUUUUUCUCUAAAUCCUAAUUUUUAAACAUUAUUAAAGACUCUUUUCCUCAGUAUAACCAGUAGGGUGAGUAUUCAAGAGCUGAACAGGAAAAACAAAAGAUACUUGAAUUUAAAUUCAGUUUUGGCAACAAGGUAUUCAGUAUAUUUCAAGCUAAUAAAAUAGUUUAUGGAGAAUUAAGAAGUUUGUAAUAGUUUUGUGCAUUUACCAUUCUUACUAUCCUUGUAUUUUCCCUAUUUUUACUUCAUUAACCUAAAAAUGAGAUUUUUUUAUAACUAUAACUUUAUAAUUAAAGAUUUGACAGACAAUACCAAUUAAAUACAAAGCACAGUCUAACUUGCUGACCAGCAGCCAUUAGGGCUGUUGCUCAGAAAAACACCUCAGAAAAGACCAUUGGGGGGUUUUUGGUAUCAGUUUGAAUCUGUUACAUCUCAGUGGUGCAAUAACAAGCACUAAAGUUUCUUUGUGGCAUGAAGAAGAGUGUGGCAAACUAAAUUCCUGAUACUGUCUUAUUUCCUUCUGCCAUAAAAAGAGUGGCUUGUAAACUUUGUGGCUCUAAACUAUGGAAAACUAAAAAUGUUUUGCUGUAUAAAUCAGUGCUGGUGUGUCAGACAAAAAUAGUCAACCUCAGGAGAACAGUGAACUCUUCUGGUUUGUUGCUUUGAUGGGGGUUUUAAAGUCUUAGUGAAGUUUUGGGUUGGGUUUUUGCCAUGUUUUUGUUUUGGGUUUUGUUAGGGCUAGAUUGCCCUCCUCUGGAGCAGAAGCAUAAUUUUACUCAUUCAGUAUAAUAUUCAUGGUCCUUUAUUAAUUUGUAACCAAAAUUAGUGUUGGUGUAGCUACUAUUUGACAUGGGUUAUAUUUCUGGAAGUGCACAUUGACUUGAAAUUGAAUCAAAAACCCUCAGACUAAGGCUGAUGUAUUUUGAAAAACAAGAUAGUGGCAGCUACUGGUCAGUGCCAGUGUGGUUAUCAGCACUCUGUUAAGCCUCAUGCAAAAACUGCAUUUAAUAAAUUAACUUUGAAUACUGACUUCAGCAGCAGCAGUUCAAAACUCUUCCUCUGAGGGAAGUGGUUUUGCUGCUCACUGCAGCAGAAACAGCUCCACCUCUGCAACUGGAACUUUCACAGAUUCAUCCACCAAAAUAGACAAAUGUAUUCGUUAGAGAGUUUUUGCUGUUACGUUGGCUUCCUGUGCUGUCAUAUACCCUGAGACACAUCAUCCAUCACGUUCCCUUCAGAAAACAGAACAGAGCACUUCUAGGUUUUCAAGGAGGAAACAGAGAGUACCAAGGAACACAAAUGAGCUUUUCUUUUCCCUCUGUGACUGAAAAAGAUGUCCACAUUCCUUAGGAAAUAUGGUGGAAAACUUGAAAGAAUUAAAUAUUUUGUCAUAAAAUGAGCAGUAAGAUAUUUUAGUGGAAUGACUAAAAAUUUUCCAGUAAUAUACCAAAAUCUGCAAAAUGUGAUUAUAUAUGCGUACAAAUAUUUGAAAUGGCUACUAUAAUUCAUUAAUAUUACACCUAUAAUUCUCAUGUUAUCUUUGUUAAUGUUUGUACAUAACUCAGUGAGAAAGCAAUUUUGAUUUUAAUAACUGCAUGUUUUCCCCCAGACACCUUGAAAAGUUUCUGAAAAUCAACCACAUUUACCCUAAGUUCCUUGAGCUUUUUUUCCUCAUGUAGAACAAACCAUGGAACAGGAAAAUUCCUUUAAGUGGAUUACAGAAAGAGUGAAGAGAUUUUUCUGUUUCUUAAAUUUAUGCAUAAUCAUUGCUUUUUAUGCUAAUGUAUAAACCCUCUUAUUCCUUUUAAAGGAAUUAGCCUUAGGUUUUAAUUUCAUGUCAUAACCUUUUUCCAGUAUUGUUCAGAUAGUGUUCCUGAAUCAUUCACUGUUGCUUCAGUCUUUCAAAAUGUAAAAAACUGCCUUAUUGCUGUGAAAAGGAAUUUGAUGAAAUACAUCCAUUUUAGGCUGCGAUGUUUUAUUAAGUGUAGACUGAAGACUUUUUUACCUUUCUAGACAAAGGAUAUUGGUUUCAUUCAUCAGUGCAGAUACUUCAAAAAUCUGUUGUUGUGGAAUAUGGAACAUAAACCUACUGGACUUGGGGUCAAAGGACAGUACAACCUUAAUGACUUCAUACAUAUCUAUGCUCAAAUGGUUUCUUGCACAGAAGCAUUUUAAAUUCAGACACAUGUCCUUAUAAUGUGUGCAGUGAUUUAAGUUUCAGGUGAAAGAGCCAAAUUUCACAUAGAAGUCCAAACCUUUCAUCACUAGGUGUGGUGAGAAUUGCUUCCCACAGGCUCAGCUCUUGUUGAGGAACACUGCAAACAGCUCACAGCCUGUUCUCCGCAGCCCCAGGGCUGUGCAGCACACAGCUCUUGGUAAUGCAGAGUUGUUUGAGGUUAAAGGCAAGCUCCUGUUCUUUCUUCCCAAGGAUUGAAAAUAGAGCUACUAUAUUGGUGAGCAAAAACCAUUUGAUUUCCUAGUUCAGUGUUCUUUUUGUUUGUGCCAUUAAACUGUAUUUAAAAAAAAGGAGACAGUAACAGCUCUAACACUUCCUGAAUUAAUUGUCCAAGUGUGCUGCAUUCCACUACUCUGAACUUCCCUCAUUUCAUCCUUUGCAAAUUAGAAACAAGACAUUUCUGGUUUAAGUCCUCUAUCUGUCUAGCACUAUACAUCAGAAUAUACAUUUGCAGAUUAUCAUAAAAUGCAAUACUGAACACCAGACCCACUGAAAAUGUCAGACUAUUAAUACAUUUUUCAGAUUAUUAAUACAAAAAACCUGAGCAAUUUAACAUAAUCUUUACCUAACUUAUUUUGAUGUGUAACAUUACUAAAAGCUUUCAUGGGAGUUUUGCAAACAUACUUUCCUAACCAAAGUGCAUAAUUUUGCAAUACCUGUGAAAUAUAAAAUGCUUGCUUUUGUUCUUUGAACUGUAUUGAUUUGUUGGACAAUCCAAUAACAUCCAACAAAGGCCAGAUAAAAAGCCUGGAGUACUUGCUAAGAAAAUAGUACUUUGAAAUAUUACUUCGUACACUGUUUUUCAAAACUAUUGAGAAGCUUGCUUUGUAACAAAGUGAUAAUUCUUUAAAUAUUAAGAGGCUAUUUUUUUCUUCUAAGCAUCCAAAUAUAAAUAUGGAGUUGUUAAUUUUGAAAUAACUCAAGUUGUACAAAAUCUAGUAAAGGUUAGGUUCUUUAUGUUGAAUAUCAAAUAUCACAUCCUAUGUAUGCCAAUACAGACAUACAAUAUAUAGAAUUGAUGUCUGAUGCACAGCUCUGUAUUAUACACACCAAAAAAAAUCCUGUUGCUUCAGCACAAAUGCUAUUAUCUCGAAACUUAAUUACAAAUAUCUGUCACAAACAUGAGGGAUUUUUUAAAAAUUCUAGGUAAUGUGAGAGAGCACCAUGUGUGUGUAUCUGGUUCUUGUGGCUAAGUUUGGUUAACAGGGGAGGCUUCUGUGAGAAGCUCCUUGAAGAGGAGGUGCUCCAGAGCACAGAUUCCCCUGCAGCCUCGUUAUUUCUCAUUAUCCUACCCUGAUUUGAUUGGUAAUAAAUUAAGCCAAUUUCCCAAGCCUGUUUUGCUUGAAACUGGUGAGUGAUCUCUCCCUGUCCUCACCUUGACCCAUGAACCUUCCACUCUAU